AUGGCAACAUCGAAAACAAUCUCAGCAGCUCUCAAACUCGUUGACACCAAGAAACAAAAUCUCAAAAAAGCAUACGAUGAUCUUCAAUCCCAUUCCUCUCUCCUCUCUUCCUUCCCCCUUUCAUGGCCAGACCUUGAUUCUCACUUCACCACCCUCCACAACACUCUCUCUCAACGUUUCCUCCAUCUCCAAACCCUAGAAUCACAGUUACAUCAAAACCACAACGACCCAUCUUCUUCUCCUUCUCAAUUACCUAACCCAAACCCCAAAAAUCAAAACUUUACGUCAAUCCCUAAUGACCCAUCUUCGUCUUCUAAUCCUACAACUCACCUGGAAGCAUUGACUGCAUUUUGUAAGAACAAUGAUGGAAAAGGGUUGAGGACUUACAUUGGGGAUAAUUUUAAGGACAAGGGUAUAAUGAAAGAUGAACUUCAGAGUGCAUUCAAAUCUGCGUCUAAUCCUGCUGACAUGGUUCUUGAUGCAAUUGAGGGUGUUUUUGUUGCAAAUGCAGUGAUUGAUGGAAAAGAACCUAGGUUUAUUAAAAAAAGUUUCAAUUUUUUGUUCCAACAAUUGAGGGUUUUUUCUCCGUAUGUUAGUUUUGAUGUUAGGAAGAAAGCUAAGAGAUUGUUUAAUGAGUGGAAGGUAAACCUGAUGAAUGAGAAUUCUGAGCCGUGUUGGACUUUGGCUUUUUUACAAUUUGUUGCUGUUUAUGGUUUUCUAUCUGAUUUGAAUCUGGCUGAACUUGCUGCUUAUUCUGCUACUGCUUCUGCUAGUGAUGAUCUUACUGACCUGUACCAGAUUAUUGCUUUAUCAGAUAGAGUUCAAGGUAUUAUUCAGAAACUUAUUGAAAGAAGCAAACAUAUUUUAGCUGUCAAGUAUAUUUUUCACUUCAAACUUACCGAUAAGAUGCCACCAGUUCCCAUUUUGAAAGCUUACGUCGAUGAUGUGAAAAAACUCACUACAAGACUUGCCUCUGAGGGAAAAUCAUAUAAUGAGAUCAAAUCUAGAGAAGUCCAUGCAUUGAAAUCAGUGAUAAAGGUUAUUGAGAGCUAUAACCUUGAUUCUGAGUUUCCGCGUGCAAGCAUUGAACAACGUAUAGAUGAAUUGAAUAAACAGCGCAGGGUAGGUGGAAAAACUGCUGCACCGGGUUUUGCUUCAAAGCCCACUCUUCAACAACAGCAACUAAGUGGAAUCAAGCGUCCUCUAACCGCUGCUCCAUUUGGUCCUGCAUCAACCAUACACCAAUACCAACAACCUCAUUUCCAGCCCACAAGUUUGUUGCCGGAACAUCCAAAUCCAUACACGAGCAUGCCACCAGCGCCGUUUGGCAUGAAGGCACCGCCUUAUGGUCUUGAUGGUGUCUCAAUGGCUACCAAAGGAAACCUCAAUCAAUCUGUUUCUCAUCCGAAUUCAUCACAACAACCACUAGUUAUGCCGGGUUAUUAUGCCUCCAACAGCAACCUCGGUCAAGGUGGUAUUCUUCCCAAUCCGCCAGAGCCACGAGUUAUGCCAGGUUAUUAUGCCCCAAUGAGUUCCAGUGGCAAUGUCGAUCAAGGUGGUUCUCAUCCGAAACCGUCUGCAUCUGGCGGCUAUGGUCUGCAACAUUAUUACGGAACACCUUAUUCUCAAUAG